AUGGACAGCGGAGAUAAAUUUCUGCUGUUCGAAAAGUCUUGUGACACUAUAACGGACCAAAUAACAUCGUUAGAUGAUGUUACUAUUACUAUCGAUAGCAAAGAAUCAGUAAAUAAAGUCAAGCCAUUAGAUGUUUCUACUGCUCAAAAAUUUCAAUCAAUAAUUGCAUCAAAAACACCUUUAAGUGCUCCUCCUGUUACACCUGGCGCAACUACAUUAGAGAGUAGAAAGAAAGAGAAGAAAAUAGGACAUCGUAGGAUUGAUGAAGAAGGUUUAAUAACCUUUAAAAGGAUACACUCAUCGCAAAUAAUAGGAAGUAUAUCUUUAGGUAUUUCACAUGCUGUUGGCGGAUUGGCUUCAAAACCAGCUCGAGAUCUCUUAAUGUUAGAUUUUAGGAUUGUUGAAUCUACUGCAUUUCCAAGAGAUGGCAGCAGUUUUACUCCAGCUCAUCAUUACAGUGACUUCAGGUUCGAGUCUUAUGCCCCAGUAGCAUUUAGGCAUUUCCGAGACUUGUUUGGAAUUCAACCAGAUGACUUUCUGUAUUCGCUAUGCAAUGCUCCACUGCGAGAACUUUCAAAUCCAGGAGCCAGUGGGAGUAUAUUCUAUGUAACCGAUGAUGAUGAGUUCAUCUUAAAAACCCUAUGUCAUAAAGAGGCAGAAUUUCUUCGAAAACUGUUACCAGGCUACUACUUGAAUUUGAAUCAAAACCCAAGAACCUUACUUCCAAAAUUCUUUGGGCUCUAUUGUUAUCAAUGUGGUGGAAAAAAUGUUCGUCUUGUUGUAAUGAAUAAUUUAUUGCCAUCUGGUAUACGUUUGCAUGAAAAGUAUGAUCUUAAAGGCUCUACAUAUAAAAGAAAAGCCAGCAAAAACGAGAUGAAGAAAUCUUCUCCUACAUUCAAGGAUCUUGAUUUUUUAGAACGUCAUAUAGAUGGAAUUUAUUUGGAGCCUGAUACUUACAAAGCUUUAACAAACACAACUCAAAGAGAUUGCAGAGUUCUUGAAAACUUCAAAAUAAUGGAUUAUAGUUUACUUGUUGGUAUACAUAAUUUGGAUUUAGCUAAAAAAGAAAAAAUGAAGACCAAAAGAAAGGAAGAAGAAGAAGGCCUUGCAAAAAUCUCUGAUGAAUCUAGGGAGUCUAGCUCACCUACACAGACGGCAUGUGCUCCAGAUGAUACUGGUUUAACUCGGAGCAAAUCGAUCAAUAGACAAAGAUUAGCAGCAUUUUCUACAGCAAUGGAAUCAAUUCAAGCAAAAUCAUUAGAGGAAGGAGGUGAUGAUGAUGUCCCACCUGGUGGUAUUCCUGCUAAAAAUGCUAAAGGUGAACGUCUGUUACUAUUCAUGGGUAUAAUAGAUAUUCUUCAGAGCUUUCGUCUUGCAAAGAGGCUGGAACACGCUUGGAAAUCAAUGCUGCAUGAUGGAGAUACAGUUUCUGUUCACCGUCCAGUUUUUUAUGCAGAAAGAUUUCAGAAAUUUAUUACAACAAUUGUUUUUAGAAAGUCACCUCAAUCUUUGAGACAUUCUUCAUCAAAAAGGAAAGGUAAUUCUAGCAAACAGAGAUCUUUAGCUCUAAAUGAAUCUGAUAUUCCAAAGACUCAUCUUCCAAAAAUUCCAGCAGAAUAUGAGUGUGGCCAAAGGAGUGAUGAUUUGCCUUUGAAUCCAGACUCAGCCCCUUGCUCGUCUAAAUAUUCUAAGGAGUAUAGCACGAAUAUUUCUUGUGAUUUAAAAUGUGAAAAAAAAAUAUAUCCUUCAACUAAGGAAAGUGAAAAAACAUGUGCAAAUACAGAUCCUGUACCAUCAAAAAUAUGUGCAAAAACUUCAUCUUUAGAAAUCAAAAGUUUCUCUCAUGGGAAUAUUCGGACAGAAUCAAGUCAUGAUUAUGGAUUUGCAUCAGAAACAAGCUGCACAAGUAUUACAGGCCUUUGCUCAACUUCUACAUACUUGGGCUCCUCAUAGCAUUGAGGACACAUGCUGAAUAAACACCAUUUUUCACGAAGUCCAAGUGGGGAUGAAGUCUGUCCUCCAGCUGUAGUUAAAAGCAUCAAUCAGCAGACUCCCUUCCACCUCUGUGUGAAACACAGAUAUUACAAGGUAGUGAACUGAUUUAAAAGUUUAAUGUAAUUUAUGAAGAAUUAAAAAGCUUAUAAAGAACAUUGACCAGUGAAAAUAAAAGAGAAAAGUUCAUCAUAUAAGGAGUUCAUGCAAAUUCAUAAACAUUUUACUUAUAUUUUAUUGAUUUGAAGGAGUAUUGCUAUUUUGUGUAAGUUGAAAUAAGUUUACAUUUAGAAUACAUUCAAAAAAGGUUUUCAUUUUCAAUAUAUAUUUUUGUUUUGACAUUGUCGCUGUUCAAGAAAUUUUUAAAAAUCACAUGACUUUUCAUUCACACAGCAAAAUAAUUUUCAGAAAAGACAGAUAACUGCCUGGGUGGUGGGCUCUUAAUUGCUAGGAUUAAAAAUAUUCCAU